UGACGUCACCCGCUCCCUCACCAGCGAGGCGGAAAUGAGAGCUUUUGAAUAUUCACGAGCGGAUCAUCAUCAUCAUCGUCGUCGUCGUCGUUCUGCGGGGAGGAUGAUGGCGUCUCCCUGAGCUGGGAGGAGGGGGCGAGCGCCGAGAGACGUCAGCAUCUCCGCUUCCUUUGUGUUCAACGCGGAUGGCGAAAGAUGACAUGGCAGAAGUAGACGCGGCGCCGCGCGGCGGAGCGGGUUCCGCCGCCGCCGCCGCCGACCCCCCCUCGGCGUUGACGUACGAGGAGUACGAAUGCAAAAUCUGCUACAAUUACUUCGACCUCGACCGCCGGGCGCCGAAGAUCCUGGAGUGCUUGCACACCUUCUGCGAGGAGUGCCUCAACACGCUGCACCUCCGCGAAGAGCGGCCGUGGCGCAUCAGCUGCCCGGUGUGUCGACACCGGACGCCGGUGCCGGACUACCGGAUACAGAACCUGCCCAACAACACCAAGGUGACGGAGGACUUCCCGCUCUACAUCGACUCCGACCCGCUCCCGCAGGACGCCUUGCCGCCCUACCCUCCGCCGCUGCACCCGGCUCUGGUGGCGCUCCGCCGGGAGGAGGCGUCGGGAGCGUCCGGCGGCCAAGCCACGCCGUCCACCACCGUGUCCACGGCCACCACCCUCUCGCAGGACUCGGCGCGCUACGACAGCUGUCAGAGCUGCAAGCGGGUGGCUCUGACCACCGGAUGCGUGUGCGUGAUCUUCUCCUUCCUGUCCAUGCUGGUGUUGCUCUUCAUGGGCCUGAUCUUCGUGCACAGCCACAGCAUCCCUCCGUCCCCGGCGGGACCCAUCUGCUUGUCGGUGGCCAGCAUCCUGGCCAUGUUCUCGGUGGUGGUCACUUGGCUCAUCUGCUGGCUCAAAUACCGCCCGGACCACGAGACGGGCCGCUCGUCCACCACCGGAAACUCCCGGAGGAACGCCUGAGCUGCUGGGACUUGUCCCCUUUUUUUCUAUAAUGAAAUCAUCCUAAAUGGCCUUUAGCUGAUAGCAAACACCCAAAGGCCUUUGAGGUCAACCUUUCUCUCAUUUUCUCCGCAAAAUAUGCACUUAUACUCAGCAUCAAGGGGGCGGAAUUGGGGGGUUAAAUCACCAAAAUGAUUCCCGGGCGCGGCCACCGCUGCUGCUCACUGCUCCCCUCACCUCCCAGAGGGUGGAACAAGGGGAUGGGUCAAAUUAGUGUGUGUGUGACUAUCAUUAUACUUUAACUUAUAGCAGGGCUGUCAAACUCAUUUUAGAUGGAGAAAAAUCUACUCCCAAGUGGGCCGGACUGGUAAAAUCACGGCACGAUAACUUAAAAAUAAAGACAACUUCAGAUUGGGUUCUUUGUUUAAAAAUAGAACAAGCUCAAUCUGAAAUUGUAAAAAAUCAUAAUGUCGUUGGGGCUUUUUCACACUUACAUGUUGCGGUUAGUAGUAUUCUCUUUUUAUUUGUCGUUAUUUAUAUUUUCUGAAUAAAUUAUGUGAUAAUGUUCAUCAGUCAACCCAUUGGUGUUAAUUUUCAAUCUAUCAAUAUACAAACAUUAGUAUGGGGAACAUACUCUUAAGUCAGUGGUCCCCAACCUUUUUGUAACUGCGGACCGGUCAUUAAAAAAAAUACAAACGUGUGUGCUUACGGACUGUAUCCCUGCAGACUGUAUUGAUCUAUAUUGAUAUAUAAUGUAGGAACCAGAAAUAUUAAUAACAGAAAGAAACCACCCUUUUGUGCGAAUGAGGGAGUUUUUUUGGGUCGGUGCACUAAUUGUAAGUGUAUCUUGUGUUUUUCAUGUUGAUUUAAUUAAAAAAAAAAUAAUUAUAUAAUUUUUGUAUUUCUUGUGGCGUGGCCCGGUGGUUGGGGACCACUGCUCUAAGUAACAAAUACUUAAUUUACAGUUAUUUGGACACUAUAUAGGAGAACAUAUAAGGGUUAGGGUUACUAAUAAGCAAUAAUUCUGAGAUUAUCGAGAGAAGACUCUUAGUUAAUGGCUUACUGGUUGUAUAAUAAGGCCAUGCAGAGUAAGGCAUUAAUAAGUACUUAAUAAUGACUAAUUAAGAACCAGUAUGUUACUAAUUUGCAUGUUAAUAAGCAACUAAUUAAUAGUGAAUGUGUUCCCCAUACUAAAGUGUUACCUAAAAUUAUGUCAAAAUCAAAUUACACUAUGUUAUUUAUGUAGUUUGAUCAUUUACCUGAUGUAGUAUGAACAUCAUGUGGUUUAUUGUGUGUAUAUGUAGCAUCAUCUACAAAGAAUUGCUAUUGCGACAUCUAGUGCACACAUUUAGAACACAUUUCAUUCAAAUAUUUCAGGUUAAUUUUUAUACUUAGUAAACUCAUCCCUCAAACUCGUACGUUUGACACCCCUGAUUUAUGGUAUCGGCCCGAUUGAAGCUGGGAUUUAUACCAUGACUGAUAUGCAUAUUCUACUUUUACCGCCCACGAUGAUGCACUCUGAUAUCAUCUCAACUCCUUUUUUCAUUUUUUUUUGCAAAUGGUAUACAGUAAUCCCUUGCUUAUUGCUGUUAAGUGGUUGCGAGCCUG